GGAGUGAGUGUGCGAAAAAGAAAAAAAACAACCGGCGCCCUCUUCUCCCCGGUAACUGAAUAUGACACAAUGUCUGCUGGUAUAAAAAGCUAGGGCCACUCCUAUCAAGGCUCCACUUUGUGUAUGUCUGGAGACCACGCCGGGGCUCCGCCGCGAAUAAAGGGAGGAGGCUGCUGUUGGGAUCCUGCGCGCGUAUACGGGUGCUAGAGAGAGAGAGAGAGACAGAUGAGAGGAUGGCCACCCUGGUAGAAUCUGCAGAAAUGGAGACUUUAGGCGGCCAGAGCAAAACCGGGACGUCUCCGACAUCCUCCAGCGGCCCCCCGCAGCACUUCAACGACAGCAAAUUUUACCUGCUGGUGGUUAUCGGGGAGAUCAUAACGGAGGAUCACCUCAAGUGUGCCAUUGCGGACAUAGAGAAAGGGAUCCGCUCAUGGGACACCAACCUUAUUGACUGUAACCUGGACCAGGAACUCAAGCUGUUUGUCUCCAGACACUCAGCUCGUUUCUCUGCAGAUGUCAGAGGGCAGAGAAUUCUUCACCAUAAAAGUAAUAUCCUGGAGACGGUGGUGCUUAUCAACCCUUCAGAUGAUGCUGUCAGUACUGAGGUUCGUUUGAUGAUCUCAGACACUGCCAGACACAAGCUUCUGGUUCUCUCAGGGCAAUGCUCUGAAAACAGCGGGGAACUAAUUCUUCAGUCUGGAUCUUUCUCUUUCUUCAACUUCAUAGACAUAUUCACUGACCAAGAGAUUGGUGAAUUGCUCAGCACCAUUCACCCGGCAAACAAAGCCAACCUAACACUGUCCUGCCCUGAACAAGGCGAGUGGAAAAACUCCAACUUGGACAAACACAAUCUGCAGGACUUCAUUAACAUGAAACUAAACUCCACUCUCAUACUCCCUGAAAUGGAAGGCCUCUCAGAGUUCACAGAGUAUUUAUCUGAAUCAGUAGAGAUCCCAUCUCCUUUUGACAUGUUAGAACCACCAACCUCAGGUGGAUUCCUCAAACUCUCCAAACCAUGCUGUUACAUUUUCCCUGCUGGUAGCGGUGACUCUGCUCUCUUUGCUGUCAAUGGCUUCAACAUGCUCAUUAACGGUGGCUCAGACAGGAAGUCGUGCUUCUGGAAGCUGGUGAGACAUCUAGACCGGGUGGACUCCAUCCUCAUGACCCACAUUGGUGACGACAACCUGCCAGGCAUCAAUAGCAUGCUGCAGAGGAAGGUUGCAGAGCUGGAGGAGGAGCAGUCACAGGGCUCGACAGCUAACAGUGACUGGGUGAAGAACAUGAUUUCUCCAGAUAUUGGUGUUGUGUUUUUGAAUCUUCCUGAAAACCUGGAGAACCCUGAACCUAAUUACAGAGUGCGGAGGAAUGUUGAGGAGGCAGCGUUUACUCAGCAGUUCCUCACCAAGCUAAAUUUGAGGUUAGAGCCUUUGCAGAGGCCUGUUGGAAACACAAUAGAACCACUCAUACUUUUUCAGAAAAUGGGUGUUGGGAAGCUUGAGAUGUAUGUGCUUAAUCCAUCGAGGAACAGCAAGGAGAUGCAGCACUUCAUGAAGCAGUGGACAGGUAGUGAGAAAGACACCGCUUCCAUUCUGCUGCCAAAUGGAAAAGAAUCUGAGUUCCCCGUCUCUUAUUUAACUUCUAUCUCUUCACUCAUUGUGUGGCACCCUGCAAAUCCCUUAGAUAAGGUUGUGCGUGUUCUCUUUCCUGGAAAUGCCACCCAGCAUCACAUCUUUGAAGGUUUAGAAAAGCUAAAGCACUUGGACUUCCUGAAGCAGCCAGUUGUCACUCAAAAAGCAAUGUCUUCUAAUAUGCCGUCAACACCAACACUAAAGCAAGCUAAGAUGAAACACAGAACAGACAGCAAAGAGAGCCUGAGGUCUACUCCAAAGCCAUCACCAAGCAAAAGCAUCAGGAAGGAUUCAAAGGAGGAAGCACCAGAAAAGGCAAAGACAGAUGCAGAAUCAUCUCAUGAAAAAACACCAAAGACUGAGAAAAAAGAAAAGGCCCCGCUGAAAAAGGAAAAGGCUAAAGCACCUGAGAAAGCAAAGGCAGAGCAAACAGCCCAAAAUGAGACUCCAGAAAAAAAGAAGUCUGAAAUAAAACCAAAAUUUGAAAAGAUUGCUAAAAAGGAGACCAAGGUGUCUGUGGAAAAGAAAAAGGAGGUUAAGAAAGAAGUAGCAAAGAAAGAUGAUACACCCAAACACGAGGUUAAAAAGGAUGAAAAAGCAAAGAAAGAGGAGGCAAAGAAAGUUAUAAAAAAGGAUACCAGAAGAGACUCACCUAUGAAGAAGAAGGAAGAAAAGAAAGAGCAAAAGAAAGAUGUUAAGGUGCCCUUUAAAGACAUAAAAAAGACAUCCGCUGUAGGUGAAGAAAAGAGUCUAGCACCAAAACCAAAACCUCUGAAAAAAGACAAUGCUUCAAAGAAAGACGCAGGAAUCCCGUCGAAGUUAAAAGAGAAAGGAAAGGCAAAGGUGACAAAGAAGGAGACAAAGGUGGAUAGUGACAAACUUGCAGCAAGUGCAGCUGCUGUUGCAGAGGAUCCAGAAGUAGUAAGAUCUCUAAUGUCCACACCGGAGGACCUUACUAAGGACUUUGAGGAGCUUAGAGCUGAAGAGUUGGUGGAGGAUGAUGCAACUGUGCAACAAAUUAAAGAAGAAGAGGUUGUGAUGAUCCACCAUGAAGAACUAAUACAAACCAAAGAGUCACCUGAGGCAUUAGAGUCUGUGGAUGAGGGUAUAACAACGGAGGCUGAAGGAGACAACGGAGAGACUCCAGAGGAACAAGUUCUUAAGGGAAAAGGCAAUGGUAGUGUCAGUGAGAAGUUUGAAGAUGAAGGCACUGUAAUGGAGGAGACAUCAGAGGGAGGGGAUUAUGAAGAGAAGGGAGAGACCGAAGAAGUUUAUGAACCACAGAGAGUGGAACCAGAUAAAGAUAAGCUUACUCCCAGUGAAGAUGAACACCAAGAGAAAAAUGAUGAAGUCAAACCAGAAGACAGUGUCGAAGACAAUGAGGAUGUGACUAAUAAAAAUGUAGAAGAUCAGCAUGCAAGUGAGAGAGAAAUAGAGAAACAUAACCUGUUUUUAUCAGCCUCACCCAAAGUGUCCUCACCUGUUUCUCCGGCUGCAUCUAUCCAUGACGAAAAAGUUCCAGUUGGCUUUGAGAGCUCAACAGCCUCGGAUGAUGAGAACCAAGAUGAACCCCCUGAGGAUUACACUGUCACCUCUGGCCACACUCAGUCCACCAUUGAGAUCUCCAGUGUGCCUACUCCCAUGGAUGAGAUGUUGACUCCUAGAGACAUUAUGAGCGAUGAAAACACCAAUGAUGAAUCUCCUUCACAGGAUGUUGGCAGGUUUGGGACAUCAGCAUCUGGAGAGUUUGACAGGAAGAAGCUGUCUCCACUUCAGGACAUGCCAGGGUCCGAUCACUCUCAGAGUGAUGCCACAGAAGGCCAGGACUACGGCCACUCCGCUUCCACAAUAUCUCCCCCUUCAUCUCUAGAAGAGGAUAAAUUCUAUAAGGGGUUUCUUUCUGAAGGAAAAGCUGAAGAGUUUGCAACAGCCCAAGAGUCAUGUGAGAAGUACGACACAGACUCGGCUAGACUCAGUUCAACUUCAACAACAUUGCCUCUUGUACGUUCUCCUUCAGUGGACCACAAGGACAAGAUUGACUAUCCAUCAUUGUUUGCUGCUCCAAUAGAGCUGUCCACCACACUGACAGGAUGCGCCAGAGCAACAGCUGAUCCCUCCAUUAGCCCAGAUGACAAGACAUUGGAAGGAGCUAAUUCGCCUCAGUCCUCUGGUCACACACCUUACUAUCAGUCACCAGUAGAUGAAAGAGCAGGGGCUCUACCACCUGUGUCAGAAGACGGAGCACAGGGUCCUGUAAUUGUGGAGGUCACAAGUGAUAAAGAGGAUUUCUCCAAUACAGGUACCCCAGAGCCUAUUGAGCCAGAACCAGAAAGUUCCUCCCCUGUAGAGAGAGUGAUGUCCUCUCCAAAAAGCCCACAUCCAACUGAAUCUGAUUCCCCCACGAAGACGGAAAAGUCACUCUUUGAUAUUGAUCAUAAGAAAACUGGAGAUUCAGUCUUGUCCUCAGCACCAAUGACCAAACCCGAAGACACUAAUCCUUUCACAGCUUUCAAAGACGAGAGUAAAAUGUCCAUUUCAGAGGGUACCACAUCAGACAAGUCAGAAACCCCUCUGGAGGAGGUGGUAGCAGAAGAUACAUUUUCACAUUUAGCUUCAGCAUCCACUGCCUCGCUGGCCACCAACUCCUUGCCAGAACCCACGACUGACUCUCCUUCUCUUCAUGCUGAGAUAGGCUCUCCUCACUCAACAGAAGUAGAUGACUCUCUGUCUGUCUCUGUGGUUCAGACCCCAACCACCUUUCAGGAGGCUGAAGGUUCUCCAUCCAAGGAAGAUAGUCCGAGACCCAUGUCUAUCUCCCCAGAUAUCUCACCAAAGACAAAAAGCAGAGCACAGGACACAAAAUCACCAGAGCACUCCACCAUGUCAAUAGAGUUUGGCCAGGAGUCUCCUGACCACUCCUUAGCUCUGGACUUUAGUAAGCAAUCUCCAGAGCAUCCAUCUGUGGGAGGCAGCUCACAUGCUACAAAGAAUGGCCCGACUGAGGUUGACUACAGCCCCUCAGAUGGAACAGAUGAAAGACCAUCUGAAGACCAUAGUUCCACAGUGCAGAAGCCUUUGUUUUUUGAUGAGAGCGAUUCAGUCCUUGCCACUUCUGCAACCCCAUCAGAUGCAUCUCUGUCCACUCCCUCUGUGACGACCCCAUGCCAGAUGACAGAGAUGUUACAUGCCGUGGCUGAGCAGACAGAUAAGUCUCCUGUCACCCCAAAGGCCUCCUCUCUCACCCACUCUCCCCAUUCCAAUGAGCCAUCCCCAGUGCUAGGAGGUUCCCCAGCUAAAGACAGUACCAGCCUAAUUUCACCAUCUGUGGAGGGCUUUAUUAAUAAAUCCGACACACAGCAGAAAUAUGACAAGUCACCCUCACCUCCCAAAGCUGCUUCCCCAUCAUCGCCUUCUACCUUUUCAAAAGAAGAGACCGUUUCCCCGGUAAAGGAGACUAAUCCCUUUAGAUGUGAGGAUUCUACACUUGAGGCAAAAUCCCCUGUGAGUCCCAAAGUUCCCUUUCCAUCAUAUCUACCUCUCUCCUCUGAUCCGCAUCAUUACAAUUUUGCCUGUGGCUCCAGGGACCCAGACUCCACGAAGAAGAGCCCCUCUGCUCCAUCUAAGACAGAUGUUGACCUCUGCCUAGUCACUUCAUGUGAGUAUCGUCACCCCAAGACAGAGCUGUCCCCAUCUUUCAUCAACCCUAACCCUCUAGAAUACUUCAUCAAUGAAGAGAAGGCCAUGGAUGAGGAGAAGCCUCUGGCCAAGUCAGGAGGAGGUCCCCCACCUCCAGGAGGUAAACUUUCUGCCAAGCAGUGUGAUGAGACCCCACCCACAUCCAUCAGUGAAUCUGCCCCCUCCCAGACAGAUUCAGAUGUUCCACCAGGGACAGAGGAGUGCCCUUCCAUUACAGCAGAUGCUAACAUUGACUCUGAAGACGACUCCGAGACUCUGCCUACUGACAGAACGCUGACCUACAGGCAUGUCGACCCUCCUCCGGUGGCACUCAGGGACUCUGCUCCAUCUUCAGGCCACCAUGAUGUCUGCAUGGUGGACCCAGAGGCCCUCAAGGCUGAAGAAAACCUCCACAAUGCAAAUACAGAUGGAGAAGAAAAGCCCAAGAAGAAAAAGCUCUUGAAAAAGUCUUCCUCGCCAACCAGGAAGAGUGCUCUAUCAAAAGUGAAGGACACAAAGAAUUCCUCUCCAAAGAAGAGUGUUGGAGAAGGGAAAGAUGCCAAAAAUGCAACCAAUACCUCUGCGUCCAAAGUUGUAAAAAGUGCUACAUCAGGUACUGGCAGUGGAAAGGUAUCAGGUGGAGCAUCUCUGCCCAACUGCCCUCCCAUGUACAUGGAUUUGGUUUACAUCCCUAAUCAUUGCAAUGCCAAGAAUGUGGAUGCAGAGUUCUUUAAGCGGGUGCGCUCCUCUUACUAUGUGGUCAGUGGCAAUGAUCAGACAGCUCAGGAGCCCAGUAGGGCUGUCCUUGAUGCAGUCCUGGAAGGAAAGGCCCAGUGGGGAAACAAUAUGCAGGUCACUCUGAUUCCAACCCAUGACACUGAUGUGAUGAGGGAGUGGUACCAGGAGACCCACGACAAGCAGCAGGAGCUCAACAUCAUGGUCCUGGCCAGCAGCAGCACUGUUGUCAUGCAGGAUGAGUCCUUCCCGGCUUGUAAGAUAGAGAUGUAGGCCUGUUCAGCAAGCGAUCACAAGGCCUAGUGACUGAUGAUGAGAGGGCUCAUUAUUUGAGAAAUAAAACAAAUCCAUGUAGCAUAAAACCUAAGCAAACACUUAUACACUUAAUAUGCUAAAAUGCUAAUUCUUGUGUACUAAACCCUGAAAAAGAAUCUACAAUAAGGACAUAACACUAAUACAAAUUAGCUUUGAGGGGCUCCAUGCAAAGGAAAAUGUUUUCUAUAUAAAGUAAGACAUCAACACGGUGUUAUCUGAUUUGUAGGUAUAAAUUGAUUGUGCUGGGAAGAAAUUAGAAACCAAAAACUAGCCACGUUAUCUUGUCCAAUUAAGAUAACUCUCAUAUAGAUCAAAUAAUAAUGUUGUUGUUGAUGUAUUGAGUUUCUUCUGCAUCGCCAGAUCAAAAUACAUGAGAGCUUUUAAUCAAUUUAACUGCUGUCAAGGAACAAAACAUCCCUGCAUAUGGUAUAUUCUUGAAUAAUGGCUGUUAUCCACACCAAAGGAUAAAACAACAUGUUUUCUGUUAUUGCCUUAGGGGAGUCAAAAUGAAUGUAUAAGAACUGAUGCAACUAGCAGAAGAUUGGGCACGUAACUACACACCAGAGGUCAAUCCCAAAAGGACUGUUAAAUAGUUACAUACUUGAAUGAUGGUAGAUAUGAAUUAACUUAAUAGGAUGUUUUACACUGAUUAGCAUUAAUAUGAUGUUUGACUUCAUAUUCAUCAAGGGUGAGACAAAGUGCCCCUACCAUUGUGAAACUGUAUGUUUUUAAGUCGGCUGGGUUUUAUUUGAUUAAAAAGGAACGUUUUUAAUCUGGGAAA